GUUUUGAACUUAACGAAAUUCGUCUCCCAAUCACAGAAGAGGAUGGACAAGAAUUUCGUGAGAUAAUAGCAGAUCAGGAGGGAAAUAGCAGAUAUUACCCUUCAAUUCCUAAGUCUAUUGAGAUGAGUGGGUCCCUCUGGGACCAUGUACAAGAAAAGCAAAAAAAGAAAAAGAAACUAUCAAAACCCAAACCCGGUCAAAGUUCUGACUUACCUGAGAUUUUAACUAAAGGUUCCUGCCAAAAUUCUUCACUAGAUGUCUUAUAUGAUCUAAUUGCCUUAAUUAGAAAAGAUCGUAUCGAAGCAGAAGAAGCUAUACAUAAAUCAGAAAAGUACCUAGCUAACGACUUACCUUUUGGCCCAUUAUAUUUAUCAAAAA